GUUCGCACUUAUACAUUUGCAUCGGCUCGAACUCGCAACCUCGCACUUUUCGUGUCAAAAUCGUCAAAUCCCGUCUCGCGUUGCAGACGUUAGCUUGUGCGAGUCGACGGUUGCGCACUAUUCGUGUUAAACUUUGUUGUGUUUUGUGUUACAAAAAUGCCUUUUAUUUCAAAAGACUGGCGUUCACCAGGUGAAGAAUGGGUGAAAACUCAAGAAGGAUGGGAAAAGAAGAAAGUCCUAGAGUGCACCGCACAGAGAUAUGCCGCUAUAACUAACUUUAAUAAUGCUGAUGAUAGUCAGCAGAAAUCGUGGUCCCCAGAAGUUGAAGACAGUGAUAAGAACACAAGCGAUGCUGUGAACAGGAUACCUCCCCAUUGUCACAUCACAAUCAAAUGUACCAGAGAGAUCGCAGGAUUCAACGGUCUAUCAGAAGCAGUCCGUCGUUUAGACUUCUCGUCAGCCGUGCGCGACGUGCGCCGGUUCAACUACAUCUGCGCUUUGUUGGAGCUGCUGGUGGGGGGGCAGAGGCUCACCCACCUGCCGGGGGCCGCGCAGAAACUGCUGCUGUCUAUGUUGGAACAGCUUGCUGAUCAAGUGGCAACCUCAAAACAGAACCUCAACGCUCUCCGCGCGCUCGUAAUGUCGGUGUCGUCUGCGCGUGAGUCGGAGAAGCGGUCGUGCUGGGGCCGGCCGCUCGGCUCCCGCGCGCUGUGGGGACACCACGACCACGCCAUCGCCAGGAUCAACCGCAUCGCUAACAGUAUUAGGAUACAGGAGCCGGGACCAGAGGUAGUGCCUAAACUCCAUGACUUGCCUGAGGAGUGUGUCAGGGAGAUACUUUUAAGGAUAUCGGAUCACAGGGAUUUAGAUGCAGCGUCAUCAGCAUGGACAGUGAUGGCUUCAGUAUGCAACGAACAGCGCAUCUGGCGCGAGCUGGUGAACUUCCACUUCACUCAGCAGCAGACGGACGCGGCGCUCGCCAAGAACAACGAGGUCGUUGAUGAAAAGGAUUUCGAUUGGAAGAAGCUGUUCCAUCAGCUUAGAAAGAUGUACGGUCUUCGAGAAGACGCACAAUAUGCAGAAACUUUGUCUCUAUGUCGGCACUGUAAGUGUUUGUUCUGGCGUUCGCUCGGUCACCCGUGCAUCGCCGACCAGUGCCCCGAGUACCGCGAGCGACUCAAAGAGGCCGGCGGACCUCUCCCUCCGCACCCCGUCCCUCCCGCAGCCUUCCUCAAGUUCUUCUCACUUUAAAGAUCUCGACGGAACUCUUUAACUACCAAGCUGCUAUGAGGUUUGUAGAGAAAAGUAGUCCCAAACAACAGGGAAAUUCAAAUUAAGAAAGGCUCCUGACCACAAGUUGCGGUUGAUCCAGUGACGAUCAAACUGAAUCAACCAAUCACGGGACUCCUUUUGUAUUCUGACUGUGAUGAGGAAAUAUUCACAUUUGCUAUGAUAAAUACUGAACAAUAGUAAUCUGUGUUGUGUCUAAAUACCAGUAUUUAUAUGUACAAUUAAGAGAGUUCAUCUAAAAUAUUGAAAAAAGGGCAGUUUGAUAAAUCUUACUAUGAGAUACCAACUAAAUGCGAUUCAUAAUGCAUUGGUGCUUCAUGAAGUAUUCAUAUACAUAUUAUAUCAAAUGGAAACUAUUAAUGCAGCCUUUAUUUUUAAAAUAUCAAUGACUGACAAAGAUCUCGGGCAUAAGGCCUACUUCGAAAUAUUAUCAGUUCUUUUCACAUGAACGGCAAAAUAAUUAAAGUAUUUGUAUAUUUAAUUUAGACGCAUUUAUCAAGGAUUUACUUUAUAAUGAGUAUGUUUCAAAAGGAAGAGGCAUUUUUUAGCUGCCUAACUACAUAUUUACUUAUACAAUACUUAAUUAUUCCGCCGUCUCUACAUGAUAACUGAACACAUGACUAGGAAUAUAUUCAAAAUCAUACUAAUUUCUAUAAAAUUAACUAUGAUAAGUGAAUAAUAUAAGAUCUUAUAAAUGAAGGGUUGAAUUCCUCAUUUCAUAUGACUAUGGCUUAAGUAAAUCAUUUUAACAUUUACAAUUACUAUGGUUUGUGAACUAUCACUGAUAAAUCAAUGUGUUCCAUUGUAGCUGUUUUCUAUUCAUAUUGGAUUUUUUAAAGUAGCAACAAUUUACAAGUAGUACAGUAGGAAAACUUGUUUUUUAUAAGCCAUAAGUACUUUCAGCCAGUUAAGUGUUGCCAUGCUUGGGUUGGUUUCCUUGACGAAUGGGUAAAACAGGAAAAUGUUUGUAGCAAUGAGGCAUGAUGUUAAAACAUAACUUUCUAAAAGCUGGCAACACUACCAGUGAAUGUGACCAAAAACAUGUUAUACUAGCUGUUUGUUAUAAGUAUAUUAUGUUAAGGGUUUUAAUUUGUUCACUUAUUUUUGUUUGCGCACGCACUUAAUGCUUAUAAUUUAGUUAAAAUUAAGGCUUUAAUACAUAUGAAAAAAAAGUUAUGUGAUAAUACCAAAAUUAUAUCAGUAUAAGUGUGUUGUAAUCGGUAUUUAUCUGUGUGUUGUUUGUUAUGUUUAAAUGGUUUAUAUAAUUUAGUUGAAAUUUUAAAAUGGCCAAGUUACUAUUAUGACCAAUUAAUUCAGAAAAACCGUCUUGGCUAUAUGACCUUGUGUAAAAAAUGUUCCUUUGUUUUGAAAACCCAAUGGCUAACAAAAUUAUCACCAUGACUUUGCUUUUAACCAUGUGCUUGCAUUUAAUACGCACAUUAAUGAUUUGAGAUUAUCUCCACGUCAUAUCACCACAUUAAAUAAAAUUAUAUCCAUGAUAGUCUAUUAGAAAGUUAGUCAACUUAGUUGAAUAAUAUGCAAGAUUUUGACGAGAUCAUAACGCCUUCACAAGUAGCAUAAGACAUCGCCUCGUCAAACUCGGUGGCCCUAACUCAGUAUUUCUACUUCUAUCACAAUAUUAAGUAGUGAAACCGUAGAUUCAAAAACUAUAUUCGUAAAUGGGUGUGCAGCUAAUAGAUAAGUAAAGCAAUAUUUUAUUACACAUUGAUAGUUGCAUGUUAUAAUAAAUUGUAAGGGUAUUGCAAGCUCAUUUCUGAAAUUAAACUGUUGUAUAAGGUUUGUUAGGCCUAAAGUACUGUUUCAAAGUUCUAUCCGUCGCAGUAAAUUAAGCGGUCACUGUGAUUAUUUGAAUCUGAAUGCAAAAUUAUGUAAUAAGUCUGAAAUUAAGUGUAUUUGUGUUGUAGAUUGUAUUUAUUAGGAUGCCAGCAUUGUGUGGAAGAUUUCUUAAACAAUGUUUCUUUUAAUUGUUGGUAUUGACUCCUUCACAGUAACUCAUUAAUAUUUUGCAUUUAACCAUGCAACAUUGUUUUAAAAUCAUUGUUCACUCAAUAGCCAGAAAAUUAAAUCUAAAAAAUCUACUUCCACACUUGUUAUGCAGCUCCUAUAAAUACAAUAUAAUCAAAAUGUUCAUUGUAUUGUGGUAGUGUAGUUGUUGAUAUUGUGAUAUUUUAAGAUAUAUUUAUUAAUAUUAUGAAUUACAUUCAAUAGUCCCAAGAAGCUAACCCUUUGUAGAGUAGAUGCAAAGGAAGGAACUACAUGAGGUGCACCAUGGACAAUCUUAUUUUGAUAUCAACCUCGUAAGUUAAGACCUCUGUCAUGAAUUUAUAGAGUUGGUCAACCUACAGUACUGAUCUGGUUGGUUCUAGAAAUUCUAGAUUAUGUACAAUCUGUGAUCUUCAUAAUAUGGUGGGCUUUUUGUAGUUCAUUAUUUUGUGAUAGAUGUUAAUUAUAAAAUGCAGCUUACCUACUCACUUAAGUCAUUUUUAGUUAAUCUGUGAUCAGCUUUAUGUUUUACACAAUGGAAUUGUUUUUUUUUCUGAUUUGUGUUCUGACUAUGGUACUUUAUAUGGUAUUUUGAAAUAAAGUUAUUUUGAAUAAGA